UGUGUCAAAUUUUAACCUAACCUAACCAAAAUAAACAAAAUGCCUCUACCAGCUGCUUUACAAGCGAAAUUAUCAAAAAGAGGACUCAUACUAGAAACCCCAUCAUUAGAAAAAGAUACUCAUAAUGAUUACAAAGGUUUCAUAACAUGUCCCAACAAAUCCAAUCAAUACCAUCAAUGUACAAAUUGGUGUCAAGUUCAUUGGAAAGGUAUUCCAACACCGGAUCCACACUACGCUCGAUGUGCUCGUCGUUUAAUCGAAAAAUAUCCACUACCGAGUAAUUGGACAGAUGUUUUCGAUAAAGGUUUAGGUCGAUAUUACUAUUGGAAUAUGGAAACCGAUAUGGUAUCGUGGUUACCGCCAAAACACCCCAAAUCAAAUCCAACGGACUGUGCUGCAAAACUCCGAAUGAAGUUGCACAAAGAAGAUGAAAUUGAAAAUUCGGAGAACGAUCGCGAUUUGGAUAGAAAGAAGGAUCGCGAUAGGUAUUAUCGGGAUAGGCGAGAGAGGGAUGAUCGGGAUAGGAAACACAAACACGAUGACAGGGAAAGGCCGUGGAGGAAAAGAAAUGAUGACUUAGAUCCUAUGGAUCCGUCCGCUUACAGUGAUAUUCCUAGAGGGACUUGGAGCGAUGGACUUGAACACAACAAAUCAAAAGCUGAUUCGACAGCAAGUGGAGCUUUAUAUCAACAAAGACCUUAUCCCUCACCUGGAGAAGUUUUAAGUGGAAAUAAAUUAAAAAAACGAAGAGAUUCAUAAAUUUAAUAAAAUUAUUUCUACUUUUUAAAUAUAUUUAUAUUACUUAUUCAAUAUAAUCUUUUCAUUUC